GGCAGCGUGUAGCAUUGACUGGUGGCAACUGGGAACUGGUGAUCUGAUUACUCACUGGUUAAGCUUGUGUGGUGUAUGUACUAUUGACUUGGAAACGACCUUGUAUUGUAUGGUGCCUCGCGUUGCAUAAUACGCGAUACUGGUUGUGAUGAUUUUACUCUAAAGAUGUAGCUGCAGUGCUAACAAAAUUCUUUUCGUGUGGAACUGACAGUAAUGUUAAAUAUGAAGAUCAUGGCCUGGUUCUAAGAGACUGAGGUGAUGACGGGUACUGUAGUUGCAAUUAGAGUAGGGGAAAAAGCAAUGUCAGGAUGCCAUUUGGACUGUUCAAGAAAGACAAGCCCACCACCAUGAGUGACAAAGAGCAGAAGGCCAAGCUGGGCCUCAAGGUGGUGAUGGCCCAGCAAAACCCUGAGCCAGUGUAUGAUCUCACUGACUGUGCCAUGGUGGAGAUGCCUCCUGACACCUUUGUCAUGUGCAGGCUGCUGCAGAAGACCACUCUGCUCCUGCAGAACAAUUUAUUAACUAAUUUAGAAAAAGGAGGUAAACUCAAUGAACUAGAAGCACUGGAAGUGUUGGAUAUUUCCCACAACAAAUUCCAUCACCUCCCUGAUUUGAUAAAUAGGCUGAAGAGACUUAAAGUUCUGAAAGUGAGCCACAACAAACUGAAAACCUUACCUUCAUCUUUGAGUGAACUGUCAAAAUUGCAAGAACUUUAUCUCUCUUCAAAUAGAUUUUCCAAAGUGCCUCUAAGUAUCUGUGCCUUGCCAAAGCUGAGAGUUUUAUCCCUAAGUGGAAACAAUAUCUCUGUACUGCCAAAGGAAUUUUGUGAACUGCAGAAAAGUCUCUGCACAUUAGAAAUUGACACUGACAAGUUGGUGUCCCCACCACCAGAGGUGGCUGCAGCUGGUGUUGAGGCUAUCAUGCGGCACCUAUGUGAGGAGCACCAGGUGGAGUACCAGGGCCUCAGCCAGCUGGAAGAGGAAGAUGUCACCUCACCACCCUCCUCUGCUAAGUCUGAUCAUUCUGCUGCAGAUGAAGUAUUGUUCAGCUACAUGAAUCGCAAGGAAGAAAAGGUUAAAGCCCAGAUGGCUGUUGAAGAAGAAUGUCAAGCCAGAGAACAAGAGCAGCUGGCUCAUAUGUUGCAAGAUAUGACAACAAAUAAGCAGCAACUUUUGGAAGAAAUUUUGCAGACUCCCCUGGAAGCCCUAGAUUAUGAGAAAAAAAAGCGUGAGCUAUUAAAGGAGCAGUUUGAUUUGGAAGAAAACAUGCGAGCUGAGCAAGCUGAGCAACUGGAGAAAUACAUAGCUUCAUCCAGUAACAAGGAAGCCUUAAUUAAUGACCUCACUACUCAACAAGCAAACCUGGACUUAGAGGUGGAAGGUUUAGUGUCAGCCAAGGAAAAAGAAAGGCAGUCUUUACUGAGAGAUCUGUCAUCCCUUGAAAAGGACACCACAGCUGCUGUGCAGGAACUUGUGGCAGUGGCUGCAGCACGGAAGAGUAAAGAAUUCAUCUCACUACUCCAAGAUCAGGACAAUGAAAUGCAGUCUCUUUUAUGUGGCAUUGCUGAGUCUGCAGCUGAGCUGAGGCAGUCAGAGGUGGUGGAGGCCAUGAAGAAGGUACUGAUAGAGGAAGCUGCUGCUGAACAGAGGAGGCAGGCUGUGCAGGAUGAGCAGGGAGCCAGAGUGUUUGCCCUGCUGCAGGAUGCUGAUCUGGUUAAUUCUCACCUUCACGGGGUGCUCACCACUCGCUUGGCGGAGAAGGAGGAAUGGACCUCAACCCUACUCAAGGAUGAGGAGUGUCAAGAGGCUGCCUUCAAAUUACUCCUUCUCAAUUCUGACCUCAAGAGAAACAACAUACUCAGACAGAUUGGUCAAAUUGAGUUUGAAUUGGCUCGACUCUCCUCUCUGGAGGUGCGGAAGAAAAAGCAUGGCAUCAAGUACGGCUCAAGCACCAUGCUGGAGCAGCGGAUCACCUUGGUUGGCCUGCUGAAGUGUCUGAUGAAAGAGAAGAGUGAGAGGGAGGCCCAGCUGACUGCCUGGCUGGCUCAGCUCCAGGACAUGCGUACAGGAAAUAAGGAGGAAGAUGAGCAAUUUUGGCUGGUUCAGUACCAGCGGCUGUUGGCCAUGAAGCCGGUAGGACUGGCUGAGGCUGAGGCCAAGCUGGAGCCUGAAGUGCAAGCCGUGCUGAAGGCUGCCAAUGCUCUUGACUUGACGCCAGUGUUUGCCCACAAUUCCAUCACAUUCUCUCGCCUGAUGGACAUGACAGAGGAAGAUGCAGCCGGCAUGGACAUUGGCCCGGCAACUUAUCGCAGUUUACAACGUGCCCUCCAGAACUAUUUAUAUGCCUCCAAAGUUGGAGACCACACACCUUCUGCUCCAAGUGAAGAAGAAUACCCUUAUACUCCCUCUGCCCCCAACAUGGAGAGUGAUGAGGCAGCCCCAAGUGCUCCUGUCCUAGAGGGGCAAGAGGGAAUGCCAACUGCUCCACCCAUAGACCAACAGUUUGUGGAGGCUGAAUGUGUUGUGUGUAUGAAUGCUGGGUGUGAGGUUAUUUACCUGCCUUGUGGCCAUGUGUGUGUAUGUUCUAAGUGCUCCUCAUCUCUAGGUAACUGUCCUCUUUGCAGGUCUCCUAUUAUAUCAAGAAUUCUGCUUACAUAUUGAUUAUGUACUUGAGUACUUUUAAUACCUGUCCAUAGGUACCUAAAGGGUAGCGGUCUUGGACUUAUAAGACUAAGGCUGAUAAGCAAAGCUUUACCUACCAGCUUUGGUGUAAUGGGCUCUAACAAACAAGAUUGGAUAUAUCAAAUUAAGCAUUACAUGACAAAGAUCAGUAUAGCACAAAUGUCGACUCUGAUCACAUAUUUGGCAACAGUUCUGCAUAUCCUACCUUGUGUAUUAGGAAUAGGUAUAUUGACAAGAGUGUGAGUGCUGAGGGAAACACUCGGGUUCCACCCUUCAGGCACACUGUAUGGUGACUCAGAAAAGUUUAGUGUCAUGUAUGACAUCAUGGUUCAGGUUUCUGUUGCCAAGUUAUUAUUAUCUUAGCAUUUAUUUUAAAGUUUGUCACUUACGCAAGGAGUGAUUGGAUAGUGUUUAUAUGGCCUUUAUGAAAAGAUGUGAACUUAUUUUCUUACAAAAUUGAUAGAAUUGCUACAAAUAACUUUUAUAUGUUUUCUUUGUGUGUGAGAUACAUGUGUUUGAAGCUGUAUGUUAUACUUGAUCCUACCUUUACUGAUUGUAUGCCUGUGUACUUUCUCUCUCUCUCUCUCUCUCUCUCUCUCUCUCUCUCUCUCUCUCUCUCUCUCUCUCUCUCUCUCUCUCUCUCUCUCUCUCUCUCUCUCUCUCUCUCUCUCUCUCUCUCUCUCUCUCUCUCUCUCUCUCUCUCUCUCUCUCUCUCUCUCUCUCUCUCUCUUCAAAGUUUAUGUAGAAACUGACAGUUACAUAUUCAAAUAGUUUAUGCAAUCAGAUUAUAUUUUUAGGGGGUGAUUUCAGUAGUCUUAGAUAUUGCACACUAACCCAGUCCUAGUGAGAAUUUUUAAAGACCAUGGACAACAAAGACAAAUUAGUCACACUAUUCAUAUGUGCAUAUUUAUUAUGCUUUUAUAUUUGUUUCUUCUUUGUUGGUAUGGUUGAUGAGGCUAUUGUUGUGAAUGCAUAUUCUCAACUGUUUGGGUAGAUAUUCCAUUCACAGUGAUAGGUGAAAGCAUAGAUCAUGUAAAUACUCCAUGCCCAUGAGUGGAAUAUGAAUCUGUCUCCAGGAAUGAAGGGCAGCCAAUGCUGGCCAUAUAAAUCAAGUGAAAUAGACCAUAUAUCUGUCAGAGACCUUUUAAACCCUCAACCCUCAAAAUUCAUAGCUACAUUAACUGUUUGAUUCCAAAGAUAUUAAAAAUGAAUGUAGUCACAGAAAAUUAAAUGACGAGUAUAUUUGUGCAUGGUAGAUGUGGUGUGCAACAGACAUCCAGAGAAAUGGAAGGGCAGAAUGUUAGAGUAAGUGAGAAUGAGAAAAAUGAGGAUUAGAGCUUCCAAGGGUAGGAGUAAAUAGAGGUGCAUGUUGCAGCCAUCCCCCAGGAAGUUUAUAGAAGCGUGUCAGAUACAGAUAGAUAGUUAUUAAAUCAGCAUGGUGGCCAGUACAUAAUUCUAGACCCUUGCAUGAACACUCCUUUCAACUCUUAUAUUUAGUCACAUGAACAGAGGACAGAUGUGAAGGGAUGCAGUUCUCUGUGAAGCAUGCUUUGCUAAACUUAUGAUGUCAUCUUAAUUAUGCAUGACUACUGAAUUGACUUGCAUUGUAGCAUGAUGCUAUCUGAGUGUAUUGUUAUCAAAUCAACAUCUUAUUUGUACUAUAUAAAAACAAAUUUUAAAAAUACUCUUGCAUAACAGUGCAUAGUAGUGAAUAUGGAAGACAAAGAUGAGAUGCCAGUUCCUGCCACCUUCAUGUGAUGUUUUACUCUGGUGCUCAUCAUUUCCUAGUGCUUUGACCUUAUCCCAAUUUACAAUACCGACUGACAUCAUUUUACCAUUUAACUUUGUCUGUCCUAUCAUGAUUACCUUUUAAUCAACAGAUAAACAUUGUAAUAGAGUAUGUCAGCUGUGUUGGGUCAAGGUAAAGUUAAAGGAUGAACAGAUUUGUAGAUCACUGAAAUAGAUAUGAUGGUCUGUUGGUGUAAAGUUAUUGUAAGUUGUACUUGGCUGACAACUGAGAGGUUCUGCUUUCAAAAUGUGAAUCAGGCAGAAACAGUUUAGCCUUGUCUAAUUUUUCACUGUAGAUCCCAUGCCAAGAUUAUCUAAGCCAGUGAGGUAUUAUAUCUGGCUUAAUCCUUCCUAACAGUUGGGAGAGGUCUUGUCCUUAGCAAACUCUUAGGCUGAUGAUGGUGAUGAUGAUGAUGAUGAUGAUGAUGAUGAUGAUGAUGAUGAUGAUGAUGUGUUAGCUACUACACAGGAACUACAGGUAUAUGCAAAAAUAUGCUUUUAAAGGUUAUAUUUCUUCUGUUGACAAAGCAGAACUGACAAUCAUGGCUAUAAAGUACUGCUUUCUGUAGAAUUAGAAGCAGCUGAAGCAAAUUCACAGCCUUGAAUUUGCUUUCUCCCAAACUAGUCCAGCAGUAAUGGAAGAAAUAUAACCAAAAAUUAUAAAGGACUGAAGUAUUUACCAUAAUUUGGCUUCUUAAUCUUUUGAUAGUUUUAAUGCUUAAAAAUUAAGGUCAAAGUAAGAGGUUGAAGGAAAGAUCAACAGAGUGAAGGAGGGAUGUUAAGGGAGCACUGAGUUACAGAGCCUUAAGCAUCAGGGAGGUUUGAUGGUUUGCAUGAGACUGGGAUAGAGUGGAGAUGGGAAAACCAAAGCAGAUGUUGAGAAUGAAUGAUAAUAAUGCACCAGGCUGACAUCUCUUAUAAAGGAACAUAGCCAAGAAAAGACUAAUGUUUAUAGGAACUUAAAUACUUAGGAGGAGAUUUCUAGUCCCCUCACUCCGUCCCUUACAAUACAAGCAGGGCAUCAGGUGGCAGUGCCCUCCAUCCUGCCUAUGACUAAGCAUUCCUUAAAGAUAGAAAGGAAGUGGUUGAUGAAAAGUAAACAAGCUGUCUGAGGUAACUUGCUCUGUCUGUUUGGAGAUAUUGCCUGUGGUAUCAGGCUUGGGCAGUGUAGGUACACAGUGUACCUACACUACCUGUCUACCUGUCUGAGACUCAUGGUAUCAGUAAGACCAGCUUGUCAGGUGAAACACAUGAUACCAUGCAAAUUUGUCUACUUGUAGCUGUGUGACUGUCUUUAAAGAUUUAUGUUCCGCAAUCAUAAUUUAGGUAAAAUUCACUGGUAGUUUGAUCUCACCAUGUGGUAUAUCCAUAGGCUGUCAUUUGGUUGAUGUGCUCAUUUGGUCAGUUGAUGCUUUCAAAGUGGUAUUACUGGAGAAAAAGGGAAAGAAAGCAUACAAAAUACUGUAUUGUUUUUUUUAUGUCUUAAAGUAUCUUAUUAUUUGCUCAUUUUGAUGACCAUAUCCCUGGAUACAUAUGGGCCUGUGGAACAUUGAUGACACCUAUUAAGAGUACACUCACUGGAUAUCAGCAGUAUAAUGAAUCAUGAAGCACAGUUUCUGAUAAACUUUGACAUGGAUUGUUGUUAUCUAGUGGGCUUGCUGUGUUUACUGACUGCUUUCUUUGAAGCUGUCAAGUGGUGUUUGUGGUUUCCUGUCACUUACCUACCUCAUGCUGUACAGGAAAUGAUGCUGGGUGUCAUUAGUGAGUUUACAUACUUAACUUAUUAUAUCUUCACCUCUGCACCACAUGCUUGAAUGCACCUGUAUGUGAGCAGCUUACAGUUCAUGCAAGGUACUUCAUGAUGGUACCUUACUGUAGCUCCCAGUCCAUGGUCUUUCAAAAUUAUCAUUUAUAUUAGGAAACUAGAAACAUGCACUUUUUACCUUCCUAUAAACUUUCCUAUUGCUUGCUGUAGUAUAUAAGAAAGAAAUACAUGCAAUUUUUAUAUUAAGGUAUAUGUAUAGGGGAAAAAUUAUGAAAACAUUAAUGGACAGCCAGUCAUUCACUUGUUAAAGACUCACUAAGAUGAUGUCACUGAAAUCAUUGUCAAUGAACACCAUUUCCUACAGUCAGUCAAAAGAAGAAAGGAACAUACUAUUCAUAAAUAUUAUCUCAUUGUCUUAGUAAGUUUGUCCAGCUUUAAUUAUUCAGUGUUCUUAUCAUUUGUUAUAUGACCUAAAUUGAAAGUAGAAAGCCAGCUGCACAGUUGUUUUUCAUGAAAGUAAAAUUUCAUAAUUCUGGAAAUAUGCUUGAAAUAUACUUAUUUUAACUAAUUUUGCAGGCUAGUAUAUUUUUCAUAAUUAUUUUAUGUAGUACUUGUUACAAUAUUGAACCAGUUAUUAUAAUUUGUAUUCUGAAAGAUAAAGGAUUUACCACAUCCCACUGACUCACUUAAAAACACAUAUACUGAGUUCUGGUGUUAUUGUAAAAAUUUUGCACUCAUCAUGCAUAUAGAAAGGUAAUUAUAGAUGAAUUUAGUUGUUGCAAUGAUAAGGGAGUUACUAUUACUGCAGUAUAAGCUGAGCAACAGACACUGCCCCCUCAGCUAGCCACCCACUCUUCUAGGUCAGUCAUUCAAGGAGUUUGUGCUAGCAGUAAUAACUUUGAUGAGGAAUUCCUGUGAAACCUCAGUCACAGUAAAUAGCCUGCCUGGAAGUUGAAGGACUUGUCAGUGGAAAUGAAUACUACACUGGUGAACUGGUGUUUAAUGAAUAGGCAUGGAAGGGUUUGUUGUUUAGUAUGGCUCGAUGAUGACAUCAGCAACUCUAGGUCAUGUAUAAUAGUAGUGUCGUUUUGUUUGUAUGUAGAGUUUUCGAUUGAUAGAGAACUAUCAUGUGGUUUUUAUGAUUUGUUUAAGAAAGGUCUUAUAUGUUGGAGUAAUUAUAUACUUCAUAUAUCAAUUUGUAGUUUUAAUUUUUAUUAUUUUCAGAUGUUUGGGAAAUGGAAGCUUUUCAAGUACUUUUCAAAAUGUUAUCUAAACACAGCAUAAGUGCAUAACAGGUGAAUGAUUGUACCAUAUGGAUAUGAGUAUAUGUAAACUAAACAUGACUAGAAUAUAAUUGAAUUCUUUAGCAUUUGAUUUGUCAACUUUUACUGGCUCUAAGAAACUCAGGAUAGAUUAAGAUGCUUUAUUCGUACCUAUAUAAAAUUAGCACAAAGCUCAUGAGAUUGAAGACUUCAAGAUUAGCUUCUGUUGUACAGCAUCAGCAAGAAAAAAUAGGAUGUCUAGUGUUAAAAUGCAGAAUGGUUUGCAGUAAUAUUAAGAAAGGCCAUUGUGGCAGUAUUUUGUAACCUACUGACAUAUGGUUGUGAAUGUGGACAAGGUGAUGGCAACCUCAUUACUUGGAAUGGCUGUAUGUGUAAAGUGAGUGCAAGGAUGGAAGUGUAGUAAGGCAAGUGAGAGAAAGGCUUUAUUGCAGUUGGUAAAUGUAUAAAUGGAAGGGAAGUGUGAUUAGAAGAAAUGUGAGUGUUAUGUAUGGCAUGGGUGUCCAGGAAGCUGUUCUGUUUUGGUUAUGCAUCAUGGUGUUCCCUAGAGGAGAGUAAUGUGUCAAAGAUGAAAAUUUUGCUGACAAAAUCAUCAUAAAAAAAAAAAAUAUGUGGGAUAUUAUCAAAACUAUAUAUUAACUCCCACAAAAGAAUAACCCCAACAAAUACUGUACUACAACAAUAUUACUCUCACUUUGAAAUAGAUAAUUAUAUAAAACAAAAUUUACAUAGUCACUCUUUAUAGCACUUUACUGGUGAAAUUUAAAGCAUUGCUAAGUAACAGUUCAUUAUUAUGUACAAAGUUUUGUUGUACAGCAAAAUGAAGGUGCUACACCUUGGGUUGUGUUGGCUGGCCAGUGGCCAGGGAUGAGGGGUGUGUAUCACUGUACUUCAGCCCAGCUUGCUACAUGUUUGAAACAAAUUUCACAGUACUUAAUUCAGUUAAGUUUCAGUUUAUUUCAGUUUAGAUCAAUUAAAAGUUAUGACCAGAGAGUUUUGCUACAUUAAAACCCUUCUUUAUCAGAGGUGAGGUUCGUAGGACCGAUUUAGUCAGUUGGACCAUUCAGAGAUACAUAAACAGUACUUGAUAACCUGUAACUUCAAAUUACAUGCAUCAUGCAUUGUGUGCAUGUGUGUGUGUGUGUGUGUGUGUGUGUGUGUGUGUGUGUGUGUGUGUGUGUGUGUGUGUGUGUGUGUGUGUGUGUGUGUGUGCAUGCAUGCACAGUUACACACCUGUAUCAGGUUUGGUCUGCAAUGCAUUACACUCUCUACCUGUAUAUUGAGCUGCAAGAUAACACAUGAUAGAUCCAGUACCUGUGAAGUUAUGUUAGCUUCCAGUAUCUUUUUGUCAUGUAUGAUUGUUGUGUGACAUUAUUAUUUACAGAGUUAUAUUGAAAAUUGCAUUGUUCUAGAGCUCCUGUAAGGAAAGCAUUUGAACUUUGCUUUUAUUUGUUCAUAUAAAGCUGUGUUCUUGUAAACCUGUUGAAAUACUACCAAAGCCUUUACUUACAGUAAUGCUUACUUGCCUCAGAUCCAUGCAGUUCAUAAGGGCAUGCACAGAUCUUUCAUAACUUCUAGGUGUAAUGUUUACAGCAGCCUUUCCCAGCCACUCAGCUGGCAUCAUGCAGUAUAAUCUUGGCCUAUUUGGUUCACACUGCAUAAGGUGUAAUUAGUUUUAAGUACAAUAAAUUACUGCAUUGUGUGAUGUUCUUCAGGAUAUAGAAAUGGUGUGUACAAGUGUAUGUGCCAAGCAUUCUGAGAACUAGUACAAGCCAUCUACUGCAACUUGUAUUUUAGUUAGGCUUAACGAUGGUAAACACUGGAAUUUUGAAUUAAGAAGUUAAGAUCCAGCCGAGGAUUUCCAAGAUAACUACUUGGAUCCAAAAAACUAGCUAGUUAUGAACACCAGUAGUUAUUAAUGCCUUAUAUUUGUAAUUCACAUAUACUAUACUUAAAGUAUAAUAUUUAAUAUAGGGAUCUUUGUUGUAUAAGAAACUCAAAACAUUACUCAAACAGUAGUAUUUGAAGACUACCAGUAAUAUCAAAUAUAUUUUAUAUUUAGCUGUGCAUUUUUAAUGUUAAGAUGGCAGAAGAAGCUUUGCUGCCUCAGCUAGAUGCAGCAUUGCUACAUUUGAUUGUCCUAAGAGGUGUCACAGAGAAUGAAGGGCUAGAGUAUUGUGAUGGAGGAAGGGGUGUAGUGGUGUAGCAUGCUUUACUUUCAAGAUUAGGAAAGCUUUUUAGGGACGUGCAUGAUGUCAUUGCCGUGAGUGGUACACCAAUGCUCAAUGUGCUGCACAUUCCAUAUUCACUGGAAUGUUGGAUAUUAAUUGCAUACUUGUUAAAGAAUUGAGAAAAUGGCUUGGGUGCUUUCCUUAAUUACAUUACAUUAAUUUACAAUCUCAGUACGAUGAAUAGCUUUCCCAUAUUACAUAUUGACUCCGUCUUUCACAGUAAAUUUUCUGUAAUUCCUCUACACUUAUAUAUCCAAGUAGUAUUUACAUUAGAUUAGUUUUUGUACCCCAUAGUUUGACAUUUAGCACAUGGAAGACCUCUGUUGUUUUUCCCCUUACAGAUACAGGGUAAAUAAAUACAUACCAUGAUGUACUCUGGCAGCUUAUUCUGUGCUACAGUUGUUUGGGUGGGACCUGUAUUGAAGUGUUCCCAGAUAUUUCCUCAUUAAAGACACUUAUCCUUCCAUAGAUAAACAAACCUUUCUUGUUAAGGCAGCACAGGAGUGGGUUCCUUCAUCUGUGUCAUGUGGACCUAAUAGGGAAGGAUAUCCAUGUCUACUGAACACAUGCCCUUGCCAGUUCAGUCUCAUUCCACCAUGUGACAUAGAGCGGAGGAAGGUUAGGUAGUGAACUGUAGUGAGAAUUUAAUUGGUCAUUUGAUAAGAAAAGGGAAAGUUUGUCAGAGGAAUCUAGAGAUGGUUUUUGUAUCCUGAAAUAAAUAGUACUAGGGCUGGUACAGUCAUGGUCAUAAGCUGAGCAGCCUUCAACACUCACUUGCACAUGUUUAACAAUUUCCUGCAAUUUUACAUUCUCUGGUCUGCCGACUGGCAGUUGUCAGGUUUUGUAGAGAGACUGUCAACAGAUAAGAGGACUUAAAAUUUAGGGGAAAAGCAAAACACAGUAAUAAAGUGCAGAAUGUUGCCCAGCUUGUGACAACUGUACUCGUAAUGCUCAUAUUUGUGUUUUCAUCACUGUCAUAUCCUCAGAGCACCAGUGUAUUAGUAUCGGUGAGUAAAGUUGACAAGUGCACCCAACUACCUAGUGUAAGAAGCACAUACCUAACUAUUUAGCCUGCUGGAGGGAAAGGCUGCUCUCUCUCUCUCUCUCUCUCUCUCUCUCUCUCUCUCUCUCUCUCUCUCUCUCUCUCUCUCUCUCUCUCUCUCUCUCUCUCUCUCUCUCUCUCUCUCUCUCUCUCUCUCUCUCUCUCUCUCUCUCUCUCUCUCUCUCUCUCUCUCUCUCUCUCUCUCUCUCUCUCUCUCUCUCUCUCUCUCUCUGUCAUGUUUUAAACAGGCAUCUAUCAGCAUCUCAUUUUCUCAAGUAUAAUGUUUUUUUAUAAGAUUUAUAGUAAUUUUAUUUAUUUUUGUGAAAUGGGGAUGGUUUCCACGAGUCAUGAUUUUUUGGAUUUUAUUUUACCUUCUUUAUUUACUUAUUUUGAUUAUAGAAGUCCAUAUUCAUGAAUUCAUGUUUGUGAAUGGCAAGGCAGUUUCAGAGAUAGUGUUGGUUUUUAUUGGUUGGAGUGUUUUUUUCUGAAAUAGUGAUUUAUUGUUGGAGUUUUUUUCAGAAAUAGUGAUGUGUUUUAUUAUUAGAUGAAAUAGGUUUUUGAAAAAUAGUGAUGUUUAUUAUCAGUUGAAGUGGUUUUUCAGAAAUAGUGAUGUAUUUAUUAUUAGUCAGAGUGAUUUUUUUCUUCAGAAAUAGUGAUGUAUUUAUGGUUUGUUGGACUGUUUUAUUUUUCACCUGAGCAUGUACUCCUCCUAGUGUUUUUAAAAGAGUGAGAAGAGCUGAUGUAUUGAAGGAAUACUGUACCUAAACUCUCACUUGACAGCAUAUGUGUGUUGGCAGUGUCAAUGUUGUAUCCAUCAAUCUGUGGUGCUGACUGUGUGCCUGGCCAAGGUUGCUCUGCUGAGGUACUGGUGCACACAUUUUAGUACUUGUACACAUUUUAAACCUAAAAAUUAAUUACUAUAAUUAUGUUAGGGUCUAAUUCAUGGACAGCAGGAAUGUAAAGAAGACGAAAGGCAGGCAAGGUGUUUUUUCAAAGCUGUUGUAAAGAAAAUGGGACUAUGGUUUGUCAUGUAUUUCUUUUAUCACACACACACACACACACACACACACACACACACACACACACACACACACACACACACACACACACACACACACACACACACACACACACACACACACACACACACACACACACACACACACACACAAUAACUUCAACUACUGUUUAUCAUAUGAGAAUCACUUUUGGCAAUAAAGAUUUAUGUUUCCCUUUUCCUGGUGGGUUGAAGUAACCUGUUGAGGUGAACAGCAGUAGAUGUGGGUAAUGGCACUUAAGGUGGAGAGGUCGUGGCUUAGCUGCAGCGUUCUGUAUGCAUCACCUAUCAAUGUUCCCAGGUCCCUCACUGGGGUAGACUUAGUACCAUGUGCAGUUGCAAUUUUUAUAGUACCAUAUACAUGAGGUGACCCUUGUUAGGUUUGCUCAGACUAAGUUGCCAAAAAGGGAGGUUUUAACUAAUGAGAUUAUUUUGGUCUGAGCAAACCUUUUAACAUAGAAUGCCUCUCAUGCCCCAAUUUAUUUUAAAUGUUAAUGGAUAGGUUCAUGACUAGUGCGGAUGUAAGUCUUCUCAUGUAACUUCAAUUGAGAAAUGAAUGAGUGUUUAUAUUUCAACCAUAUGCAUGCUCCUCAAUUCUUUAUACUAUAUUAUAUAAACUUUUCUCUUGUUGUUUUGACACCUUUCAAGAAAAUUGUAAAAACA